GGUGCUCUGAUCUUGGUACGGUCCAAAGAGUCCCAGGUUAAGAAGCCGAAAGGAACUUGGAUUGCAGGAGGCACUUUGGAGUUGGGUGUGCCUCUGAGCAGGGACAGACCUCGACCAGACAGGCAGAUAUGUCUGCAGCAGUGCAGCUCUUCAGAGAUCAGAAGUACAAGGAGCUGAAAGGGCAGUGCAUCCAGCAGAAACAGCUCUUCCAAGAUCCUGAGUUUCCAGCCUCUGAUGAGUCCCUUUUCUAUCAAACAGCUCCACCAAGGAAAGUUGAGUGGAAACGCCCAAAGGACCUCUGCGAAGAUCCCCACCUGUUUGUGAAUGGAAUCAGCUCCCAUGACUUGCACCAAGGCACACUGGGGAACUGCUGGUUUGUGGCUGCAUGCUCCUGCUUGGCUCUGAGGAAGUCCCUUUGGCAGCAGGUGAUUCCAGACUUCAGUGAACAAGAAUGGGACCCUAAAAACCCCGAGAGAUACGCUGGGAUUUUCCGUUUCCGUUUCUGGUGCCUCGGGGAGUGGACAGAGGUGGUUGUUGAUGACCUCCUGCCAACCAUGGAUGGGAGGUUGAUCUACUGCCACUCCAAUGUGAAGAAUGAAUUCUGGAGUGCAUUACUGGAGAAAGCUUAUGCAAAGCUGGCUGGAUCUUAUGAAGCCCUAGAUGGAGGCAGUGCUGCAGAUGCAAUUGUGGAUUUCACUGGAGCAGUGGCAGAAUCUAUUGAUUUGGUUCAUGGGAAAUACGGGGAGAUUGUUUCUGAGCAGAUGAAGCUGUUUGAAGACUUGCUGAAAGUGCAUAAGAGAGGUGGAUUGAUCAGCUGCUACAUUGCGGCUUCCUCUGGCAGUGCCAAUGAAGUGGAGACAAGCACAGGUCUUGUCAUCGGCCAUGCCUACGCAGUGACCGCGAUUCGGAAGCUGCGCCUUGGAGAAGGGCUGGUGUUCUCUUUGAAGGCAGAAAAGAUGUUCAUGAUCAGGCUGAGGAAUCCCUGGGGAAAAAGUGAGUGGAACGGACCCUGGAGUGACAAUUCUGAGGAAUGGAAGAAAGUCAGCAAUUCAGAACGUAAGAGCUUGGGACUCACUCUUGAGAAUGAUGGAGAGUUCUGGAUGACAUUUGAGGACUGGUGUAAGAAUUUCACUGAUGUGGACAUCUGCCGGAUUGUGAAUACCUCCUGCUUCAGCAUCCACAAGACCUGGGAGAAGAAAAUGAUUCAUGGGGCUUGGACAAAGCAUUCAGAGCCCCUGCUGAAUCGCUCUGGUGGAUGCUUUGACAACAAAGAGACCUUCCUUCAGAAUCCCCAGUACAUCUUUGAUGUUAAGAAGACUGAGGACAAAGUGUUGGUCUCACUGCAACAGGAGGAUCGCCGUAAAUACAAGAAAGAAGGGAAAGGAGACAGCAUCCCCACUGGCUUUGAAAUAUUCAAGGUGGAGGAUAACAGGAGUUACCGACUGCACAAGCUCACUGUGCAGGAGAGAGUGGCCACAUCUCCCUACAUCAACACACGCACCGUGUUCCUCAAGAGGAUCCUUCAGCAAGGCCGCUAUGUCCUUAUCCCAACUACUUAUCUCCCUGGCAUCACUGCAAAGUUUAUCCUGAGGCUUUUCACAGAUGUGCCAUCAAGACUCAGGGAGCUGAAGACAGAUAAGCCCAAAAUGACAUGUUGGAGUCUUCUUUGUGGCUAUCCACGCAGAGUCACCCAAAUCAAAAUUUACUCUGCAGAGGGUUUACAGAAGCAAGACCGAUCAGGGGGAGCAGAUCCUUACGUGCUUAUCAGGUGUGAGAACCAAAGCGUGCGCUCCUCUGUGCAACAGGACACAACCAGUGCCACCUUCAACACACAAGGGAUCUUCUACAGGAAGAACAUUGACAGUCCUGUCAUUGUCCAGCUCUGGAACAGCAACAUUUUGUGUGACCAGUUCCUCGGACAGGCAGUGCUGGCGGCUUCACCCGGUGACCCCAGAGAACAGCAGACUCUGCAGCUCCGAGGGAGAGGCAGCCGAGAAGCAGCCGAGGUGCCAGGUCACAUCACCGUCAAGGUUUUUUCCAGCGAUGACCUCGUGGAGCUAUGAAUACCAAAGCCCCGCAGAGCCAGACAGAGCUGUCACCUCCCAGCAGGGGGGCUUGUCUGUGCUUUCUGUCUGAAUGACUCGGGAGCAAAGGUUGCACAUAAUCAUAAUCGCUUUAAAAAGAAAAAGCCCUCUAACUCUUCCACAUUAUCACGGAUAAUGGGGAGAGAGGCUUUUAAAGAGAGGGAAAAAAAACCAUAUAUUUAUACAUAUAUAUGCUCAUGAUACAGCAAAUGCAGUGGAAGAGGGGCCAAACUAAACAUUAGCAGAUAAGCUCAUUAAGAUGUGGCCAUCUUUCCCAGCAGUGUCUUUCAGGAGCUCUGGGCACAUAAGGUGGAAGCACAGGUGACUCUGCUCACAGGUUCCCAGCACACCACAGUGGGACUGGAUGCAAGCAGGAAUGGCUGCAUCUCCAUGGUCGUGGCCCAGCAGGUUGGUGGGGUGGAAAGCACAAGGUGGAUUCACAUGGUUCAGCCCUUGUUCGCUGCCAGGCUGUAUUUGGAAGGGGGGAUUUAUUUUUUUUUUUAAGCUAUGAUUGGAAUUUUUUUUCCCAUUUAGGGAUGUAGAAUUGUUGAUGAAUUUCGUUGUUACAGCUGCAGAUCAGAUGUUUCUGUUCCUUGGUGGUUACUUAAGGAGUUCAACCACAGAUCAUAGCCUUAAAACCAGACACACCAGGGCAGCGUUAAAAUAGGAGGGCGGGUCUUGAACACCACAGCAAAUAAGAGCUUUGUCAGCAAACAUGUUCUCCAGUUGACUUUCUUAUUGUUCUAUUCUCCACCUCAAGCUGGUGACACACAAAUUGAUCCCCCUGGUCCUAAGGAGGGCACCUCACAGUUCAACUGUGGUUUUGCUCAGAAGACAAAUUCAGUAAGGGGAGACUCCUUGCUAAGGAGGCUUUGUUUAAUCCACAGGAUGCUAAAAAUGGAGCAGUGCUCCCUUUGCAUCAUUAGAUGUGAUGGUUAGCACCAGGAUGAGAGAGGACAAGAUUAGCUCAUGUUAAGGAUGGGUUUGUGUGGCCUGGCAGGUAUCAACCAUCCCAAAAUUUUGCAUCAGUUUAUUGCUGGCAGAGCUGAUGUCUUUGAUGAAGUUUAGGUUGGGUAUAAUGGAGCACAGGUCUCAUUUUGCAUUUCCUUCAAAGCAGGGUUCAGCUACAAACUUUCUUUGAACUUUUGCAUAUAGCCUGAUGGCAGCAUUUCCUCAUAGCAGGCAUUUCUGUGUUGUCAACCUGUGCAAGGGGUUCAUUGUAUGAGACCUCUCCAAAAUGGAUUUUGUAUGGUUGCAAAUUUUAGUGUUGAAAGUGAAGCUCAAGGAUUAAUAUUCUGCCUUCUCUACAGCCAGGAAGUUUGGAUUUUUCUGUACCUUGUAACCACUCCAGCCAUUUUGUGCAGUUUUUACAAUGUAUAAAAUAGGCCUCAGUAGAGUUAAAUGUUUUCACAAAGGGUCUUGAAAUCUCCUCAGGGCUCCAAAAGGAUCAUUGCUGUGGAAGGAAAAUGCUUUCUCUGACAGAGAUGGACUGUAAGGCUGUGAAUGUUAUUAAACCACCAUCAGCUUAGUUGCAUGUAGCAAGCACCUAAAUCCAGCUCUCUUUAUAAAAAGCUUGGGCUGAAGCCAUUCUACACACAGAGCAUUUGUCAGAUAUGAACUACAUGCAGUUGACAGCCCUACAGGCAAGUGUAAUUCUUCUCUGUAAAGUCAUAGCUUCAGAACUGCUUACUCUAAGAUAUGUUUGUAAACAAGUUUUUUUUUUUAAAAAAAGCAUGAACUAUCUCACACAGACCAGAGCUUGGGCAAGCCACACAGGGAACUGCAGCUCAGUCUGGGCUGUCCUAGCCCUGCACUGAGACCCGUUUGCCUUGCUUUUCCUCACACAACUGUUUUAUACCAUGGUUUUAUACCACUUCUCAGCAGGGUGGCCCAAGGGGUGACUGCAUCCCCUUGGCACACAGCUGGAGAGCACUGUGCUGAUGUUGUUAAAGCCCCACACUGCAAUUUGUAGAACCACAAAGCAUUCAGGAGAGCAGCAUAGGUCAUCUCAUGUAACCCUGCUUUCAGACAGACUUUUCUCCAGGGGCUGUUCUGUGUGAGGUGGGUGCAGGAAGGAGGAGGGGUUGGCUUGGCCAGCUGAUAGAUUUGGGUCAGUGCUUAGCCUGAAGAAGGUUCCUCUCAGAGACAGCACCCAGCAUGGCCAUGCUGCUUUCUCUUCUGUGACCUGGGGCAGAUGCCAGGAGACUGGAGGCUCAUGGCUCCCUGUCCCAGUGUUCUGAUCUGGGAGCUUGCAUCGAGGGCAUGAACCUGCAGGGAGGGUCCCUUGGCUCCUUCCUCUGCUGCAGGUUCUUUGUCCUGGUGUUCACCUCACCAAGGUGUACCUUAUGUGGGAGGUAGAUGUGAUUGUUUUGAGAUAAGAGAGUUGCCUUUGCAGACAGACACAAGAAUUUAAGAUCAAAUGCUACCAGAGGUGGGCAGUAUUUUUUUAACAGUUAAUGAUAACUGGGUGGAAACAAAAGGGUAUUUAUGAGGGACUGCAUUUAUGUAUGUUCUUGGGCCAUCUUCUUGGCAGAGGGUCGUGUCCCCCCCCCCUAAUUAAAAUAGAGAGAAACACUUGGAAAAUGUUUCAUUUCAGCCUUUCUUUAUGUUACAUUAUGACCUAAACAGAAGGUAACAAAACCCCAAACAUACUCACUAAUUUCUGAAAUGA